UGGGCGGUGGGUCACCUGCAGGGACGGGCUGGGCCGCCUGGAGGAGGAGGGGCCGCGGGUCACCUGCAGGGGCGGGGCCGCGGGUCUUCUGCUGGGGCUGGGCGGUGGGUCACCUGCAGUGCGGGCUCAGACCUCAAGGCUCCGGGGGUACCCCACCUGGGUUGGGGCACAGCGCGAGUCCCGCGCACGUGGCUGGCUGUGGGGCGCGCCGUCCGAGCUCGCUGAGGGGCUGGGCGGGCCCGGCCGGGAAACCUACCUUGAGCCCUGCGCGGUCCACGCGGGACCAGGGCGGCCUUGGGCCUGGGCGUCCCCCGAGACCCCCGCCCCCAACGCCGGAGCGGCCGCUGGCCCCUCGGCUUUUCGAUCAGAAAGACCGAGCGGUUCCGAAGACCCCAAGGGCUCAGGCCCCAGCGCCGCCCGGCGGGCGCGUGGGAUUUGUCCAGCGAAACGUAAGCGGCAGGUGUCCUGCGCCGCCUCCUCCCUCACCUGCCGCAGGUGCGCGCUCGCUGGGGCCUCCGCGUCCGUGGGGCGGGGCCGUGCGCCUUCCUCUUCCUGGGCAGCCUCGGGACCGGGCGCCGCGGCCGGCGGGCACCAUGAAUAACCCUAUACCUUCCAAUUUGAAAUCAGAAGCGAAAAAGGCUGCCAAAAUAUUAAGAGAAUUCACAGAAAUAACUUCCAGAAAUGGACCUGAUAAGAUCAUUCCUGCUCACGUAAUUGCGAAGGCGAAAGGCCUUGCGAUUCUGUCUGUGAUCAAAGCCGGGUUCCUGGUGACCGCCCGAGGAGGCAGUGGGAUCGUGCUGGCGCGCCUUCCGGACGGAGCAUGGUCUGCACCCUCAGCCAUUGGGAUAGCUGGCCUUGGUGGGGGAUUUGAAAUAGGAAUUGAGGUAUCAGACUUGGUGAUAAUUCUGAAUUAUGACCGUGCUGUAGAAGCUUUUGCGAAAGGCGGAAAUCUAACCCUCGGCGGGAACUUGACUGUGGCUGUCGGGCCCUUGGGAAGGAACCUGGAAGGAAACGUGGCCCUGAGAAGCUCAGCCGCUGUCUUCACCUACUGCAAGUCCAGAGGACUCUUUGCAGGCGUGUCUUUAGAAGGGAGCUGUUUGAUCGAAAGGAAAGAAACUAAUAGAAAAUUUUAUUGUCAAGAUAUCCGAGCAUCUGAAAUUUUAUUUGGAGACACACCACGGCCUGCUCAAGCCGAAGAUCUUUAUGAAAUUCUUGAUUCCUUUACUGAAAAGUAUGAAAAUGAAGGACAACGAACCAAUUUGAGAAAAGCGGCAAGGCAGCAGAGGAAGUCUUCUGCGAAAGAAUUACCUCCAAAGCCAUCGUCAAGACCACAGCAGUCAUCUGCACCGGCCCAGCUGAACUCUGGCUCGCAAAGUAACAGAAAUGAGUAUAAGCUCUAUCCCGAACUUCCCAGCUAUCACGACAGAGUUGGCAAUUUAAAUCCACCCAUAGAAGUGACAGCACUGUAUUCAUUUGAAGGACAGCAGCCUGGGGAUUUGAAUUUUCAAGCUGGAGACAGAAUCACAGUAAUAUCAAAAACAGAUUCGCAGUUUGACUGGUGGGAAGGAAAGCUUCGAGGACAAACUGGCAUUUUUCCAGCCAACUAUGUAACCAUGAAUUAAAGCUUAUACUAUUUUCUUCUUUGAGAAUUACAAAAAAAAAUUUUUCUACACUGGCAGGAUUUACUAGUUAAGCAAUGUUUAAUACAAAUUUACAAAAAAACUUCUAUAAAAUUUCCAUUCAGUAUCUAAAAUAUUUUGUUUUCCUAUAUAAAAAGAGUUACCCUACAUAUCUUUACUUUGUACUAACUUUAUCACAUAUGUUGUGUCAUAGACUAUCCUACAGUUUAUGUGGUCAUAGUUCUUUUGUGAACAUUUUCAAAUAUCACGAAGCAUUUGACCUGGCUAUGUACAUGGUAGCUGUAUUUUAAUUUAAGAAUUUUGAGGGUAGCGCCAUGAAUGCCAAUUCAUACAUUUCUAUUUGCAAAGUGACUAGCGAAAAAGAAAUCAGCUUACAGGAGGUAUUCAGUAACGUUUAGAGUUGUGUUAACUAGAAUAUGAAUCCUUAGAAAUCAUCUUUAUACCUUCAAAAAUUGUACAAAUGCAUUUAUCAUAGAAAGAUGAUUACAAGAAGUCUGACCACCAUGUAUUUAAAAAUAUAACAUACCAACUUUUCUUCCUUAUGGGGCUACGUUUGUUCAUUUCCAGCAGUAGAAGAUACUUACGGUGACAAGGUUGACUGGUCUCUAAAUAAAAUUUUAAAAUGUUUACUAA